AUGCUUCAACCGAUGGAAGACUAUGAUAACUUCCGGGAGGAACAUAAUAUUGCCAUAGCAGAGAUAAUCGACAUUGGUAGCAGCAGUGAUGGCAACACAAGCAGCCUGAGUGAAGUAGAUUCAGCGGAUGUUGCUUUUAUUGCAGAUUCAGACAGUGAAGACCCAAAACGUGGUACUUUAAAUACGGACGGCCAAGCCGUACAUCAUAUUCAUUAUGUACAAGCAUUAAUGCACGCGAUGGAGCAGCCGCCUGCGCAUUUGUCUACGGAGCAGCACAAGGCGCAUCACCCAAAAUACGAAUACAAAUAUGGCGUCGAAGACCACCACACCCAUGAUAUGAAAUCUGCUGAAGAGGAACGCGACGGAGAUGUUGUAAAAGGAUGGUACAAAUUGGAGCAACCCGAUGGUAGAACUCGUAUUGUGCAUUACACUGCUGACAAACACAACGGUUUCAACGCUGAUGUCAAAUACUCCGGCCAUGCUGACCAUCCUUAUCAUUAUUAA